UUGAGAAUUUCGACACCAAGUUUUUACAACUUUACUUAAUCAUGUAACUUUUAUGAUGGUCAUUGCAUUAGCGAUCUAGGUCACUUUCUUCUUUGGUGAAUCUAGCUGGUUGGAAUAACAGUUUCGUUUCUUUAAAGCAAUCGAUGAUCUUCAUACAUGAAGAUGCUCCUCCUAGAGGGCCGAAAUUUGCCGAAGGAAUGAAGUACAACAAGAACUUCAUAAUGCCGCUGGUUGAGGCUACCCUUGAAUUAGAGGCUUCACGGAUUUUACCGAAUAUGACCGAAAUUCACCGAUUCUAUCUUUAUACACUAUCACGUGAUAUCCAUGACCACGGGAAUGUCAUUGUUUUACGAGCUUCAGACUCAAACUUUUUCGUACUUGAAAUUUCGUGUAAUCACGAAUAUGACGGUUCACCAAGGAUUUAUUUGACAAUUGAUAGUUUCUUCGGAAAAGAGGAAGAUCUCGUUUUUCGCGGGAGAGUGUGGGAUUCUGGACUUGGACUGGUUUACAGUGCAUUAAAUUUAGUAGACAGACUAAGUUUCUAUUUCCGGUUUAGAAAUAACGCUAUGCGUUUCGUGGAGAAAUAUUUGACUCUAUUAGGAAUCGGUUAUUACAGAUGUAUGCAUGACUUUGAGAGAGUGUUACUCAUGGCAUACGGACUUAGUGCCGCCGAAAUAUUUUUGGAUCUCUAUUUUCGUUCUCCUAGACCCCAGCGACCACAAAGCAGUAUGUACAUGAUGACCCAGGUUAAAACGUUAGAAAAGGCGUUUUUCUAAAUUAUACAAAGAGAAUGAACACAUAAUUAUGGUACAAAUAGUGAAAAUUGCUUGUUGAUAUAUUUGUUUACGAAAGCUGCCAUUUUUGUAAUGUAAAAAUUAUCUUCGAAACUAUGAUUUUUAUCUAUGUUUUCAUUAUUUUUUUAGCAACACUAAAUUAAUGUGUCCGA